CUCUAUCCCAUCAUUCACAUCACUAAACCUCUUGAGCCUUGAAAAUCCAUCAUGAGCGGCGAGAUCAAAACUAUCGCCCGUGCCCUUCGCUCUGCGAGCCACAACACUCUUCCCAACGGCGAUCUUACCUUCCUCGAGAUCCAAGGCCGCCGCUUGAUUGAGAAGGUCUAUGAUGGCGAAGAGCUCAAGGACCAGCGGAUGGUUGCCGCUGGACUGAGAGAAGGCUCAACUGCGGGCUAUGCCGUGGCCAAAGACAGAACCUUCGCUGUAUACAUAGGUGACGACAGCAUUAUCAAGGCCAGUGAGUAUGAUGAGGAUUCUGAGGAGUGGGAUGAGGCGGACCUCGAAGGCCUCGGCGAUGUCCCCGUCCAUGGUGAGGGCCACGUCACUGUCGCAGGACUUCCUAGCAUGAACUUGGUUCUGUAUCAGGCGCCUGAUGGUACUGUCAAGACUAUCAAGCACGAUAAGGAGUCCGGUAUGUGGACUGAAGAGUUUGACAUCCCUGGAUCCGCAGCAAUUGGAACUCCGAUUGCAGGGUUCUCGACCGACGAGGCUCUCAUUGUGAGCUUCUUCGGAGAAGACAACGAGAUCCACGUUCACAGUCGAGACUUUGAGAACGGUUACUGGACUGAGGAAACUAUCAAUGAUUCCUCCUUUGACGACACUGUCGAUAGCAUCAUCGUCGCCAAAGACAAAGACAGCGGCAACUUUGAAGCUUACGUCUUGGCCAGCAACACGGUCUACAACAUCACCAAGUCCGGGUCUCGCGACACCGUCGGUUCUUUCAGCAGUGAUGGCGACUUUGUGCCCUCCACUAAAGCUGAGUCUGGUGGCUGCUACGGCAACAAUUGGGGCAACUAUUGCGGCGGUGGCUACAGAUGCUACAGAGGGUGUAGCUGCGGCUGCGGUCAGGGCUACAUGUGCGGUUGCUACAGUUGUGGCUGCGGAUGUCCUCGUCCCCGCCGUUGCCCGCCUUGUUGGUGAUGUCGGUUGAACAGCCUGACAUGGAUUAUUCGUGUCGAGAUGCGCCCUUCCUUCUUAGUAGUUUGGCAUUUGAACUUACAUUCACUCAUAGAUCCUAUGGAUCAAUUAGUUAGUCAGACCCCCUAGUGGGUGAUCAGAUAACAAUAUACUCAAUUGAACUCGA